UAAUGACUACCUGUUUGUGACCUGACCUAAGAAAUGACUACCUGUUUGUGACCUGUCCUACACUAAGAAUGACUACCUGUUUGUGACAUGUCCUACACUAAGAAUGACUACCUGUUUGUGACCUGUCCUAAGAAUGACUACCUGUUUGUGACCUGUCCUACACUAAGAAUGACUACCUGUUUGUGACCUGUCCUAAGAAUGACUACCUGUUUGUGGUCUGUCUUAAGAAUGCCGGUAGAGAGUAUUGGUCUGCUUUGUUGUUUCUGAAUGUUGUUUCCUGACCACUAAUGUUCUGCAGAUUCACAGUAGGUGAUAGACCUAUCCUUGGGAUUUUUUGAAGUGUUCUUUGUCAGAGUCCGCAGUCACAUUUUCAGGCAUGUUGCAGUGAGGGACGACUAUGUGACUUGUACAUAGAGAAACGAGAAAGAAGGUCGAGUUCUAAAUCUUUGUUGGACUGAAGGGUGUGCAAGAUGGACAGUGUGUCUGUCGGGCAGCGGUUGGCCUCCAUAUGGGAGGCUGAUUUUUCAAAACUUCCGUUUCGGAUCUGUAAUUUGUUGGAGUUCAGGCUGGUCACAAUGCAGAUUUUUUCUUCUUUGUCUUCAGGAUACGGAACAUAGAUUCCUGCCCUUCAAGCUGAUUGUAUCUGCCACAGAACUAUAGGUUUAUACUUGAGUCCUUAACUUUUAGGGAACAAGUGAGUGGGUGAAAGUCUUUCUUUCAGGGCUACUGUGAGAAAUUUAACACCAGGAAUGCUUCACUGGAUAAGGGGUGAGGUCUCUUCGCUCCAGGCAAGAGUGUGACAUCACUGCGUUCCUCAAAGGGUUGAAAAUCUCUGUUGGUUUCAAGCUCCUGGAUAUGUGUAGACUUAUUGCCCACCGUGAUGAUAUGGGUGCUUCAAUGUGAACGUUGGACUUAUCUGUACAUAGUGUCUCGUGUAGUCAUACCAUACUCUGUCACUGACUCUACAAGUGUACAUGCUUGAUUUCGCUUUCUUGUAUUUGUUUCUUCCGUGUCAGGUGCGUCGCAAAUGUCACUUCUAGGUACGUGAGGUUCUCCUGAGAGACUUACAGGUACGUGAGGUUCUCCUGAAAGACUUCCAGGUACGUGAGGUUCUACUGAAAGACUUUCAGGUACGUGAGGUUCUGCUGAAAGACUUCCAGGUACGUGAGGUUCUCCUGAAAGACUUCCAGGUACGUGAGGUUCUCCUGAAAGACUUCCAGGUACGUGAGGUUCUCCUGAGAAACUUACAGGUACGUGAGGUUCUCCUGAAAGACUUCCAGGUACGGGAGGUUCUCCUGAGAUACUUGCAGGUACAUGAUGUUCUCCUGAGAGCACGAAAAGUUUUCUUUUGAUGCGCAGGUUGGCUCAUGGUCUUUAUAUGACGUGCUGAGUGGUUGUAUCGACAUUUAUUUUCAAGUCACUGCUUUCAAGAACAUUAUGUGCUGUAGCAUGUAUUCUUCCGAGCACCGCAAAGACAAAACGAAAGAAAGCUCUCAAUAAUGAAAUGUAGCAGCAAUUCUGUUGGACUCAUCUCAGGUAUUAAAUUGUUUCCUCCAUAUUAUCCCAAUCAGCUCAAAACAUACUCUGGAGUUAUUUAAUUACAAGGGAAAAUACGUGAAUGUGAGUCAGCACACAGGUUUCUAGUCGAAUAUUUUGAAAUAGUACCACAAGGAUACAUACAUAAGUCAAUGUCUUUGUUAAUGAUAUUUCAUUCACAACAUGUGUCACGAACUGAACAUUUUGGUUGUACAAUGAUCUACAAAAUGAUUGGUAUGACAUUUUCAUUUCUGGGUAACUUGCAAGAAGUUUUGUGUGCAAAUUAACAAGAGAGUUACAUAGUAAUCUUUUCUACAUCUUCUUUUUGGAUCUCAGUGUUAUCGUGUCCUUCUUGUCAGGCAAUAAUUUACUGUUGAUGUCUUUUUCAAAAAAUUCUGUAACUUCUGUUUGGUGUCGUCUGAUGCUGGCAUUGCCCCUUUUCUGAGCUUGGCUGCUUGGUUGGUAUUUCUUCUUAGUCUCCAUGUAGACACGCCUAAUCUUGUUCGGGAAACAGACAUUACCCGAUACUUUUUCAGAACCUUUCCUGAGACAAUAUUUGACAAAAUACGCUUCGCAUUAUUUGAUUUUUCAUCCAACAUUCUUCUCUUUUAUUUCAGGAACAACUGCAUUGUAGAACAGUAAUUUCUUCCUGACAUUGUUGAACAGUAAUUUCUUCCUGACAUUUUCAGGGAUUGUUAUGUACGUUCUGUAGAGGUACUGACUAAAACCCGGUCUCGGUCC